AAUCUCGUAAUUCUUUUCUCGCCUUUCGAAUUUUUGUUCCUUUUUGAAAUCUCGAUGCUGUUUGGCUCUUUGAUCUGGAUUUAAAAGUUCGUCUCAAGUUUUCUCUUCCACUGGCGCCGCAUUCAACGCGUUUCGAGUUUUACUUACCGUAAACCCAGCGGAUCGGGUCAGAUCUUGGAUUUGUAUCUGCUGUUUUGGCGAGCGUGUCUUGCAUCGACAUUCCUUGUAAUAAAUAGCUGGACGAAUUUAAAGUUUCCUUUAUUCCGUGAAUGCAUUUAAUGCGUUAAGAUUGAAUCAAAAUUUGAGAGAGAGAAGUUAGCCGGUUACCUCUCUGGUUGAAAGAUGGAUUUAGCUGCGGUCAGCGAAGAGCUAGCGGAGAUCGAAGGACAAAUCGCCGACAUUUUUCGAGCUUUAUCAAAUGGAUUCCAGAAACUGGAGAAGAUUAAGGAUGUUAAUAGGCAGAGUAGGCAAUUGGAAGAGCUUACCGACAAGAUGCGAGAGUGUAAGAGGCUCAUCAAAGAAUUCGAUACGGAACUUAAGGAAACAGAGAGUAGAAAUGAUGCAAACACCCGCAAAAUGCUGAACGAAAAGAAGCAGUCAAUGAUCAAGGAGUUGAAUUCAUACGUAGCCCUUAAGAAGCAACACCAAAGCAAUCUUGAGAACAACAAACGAGUCGAUCUCUUUGAUGGGCCUAGUGAAGGCUUUGGGGAAGAAAAUGUCUUGCUAGCUUCAUCUAUGACAAAUCAACAGCUAAUGGAUAGAGGAAACCAGAUGAUGGAUGAGACUGAUCAAUCCAUUGACAGGGCUAAGAAGGUUGUUCAAGAUACUGUUGAUGUUGGAACAGAAACUGCUGCAGCUCUCAAGGCUCAGACUGAACAAAUGAGCAGGAUCGUUAAUGAGCUGGAUUCUAUCCACUUCUCAAUCCAGAAAGCAUCUAAACUGGUCAAAGAAAUUGGCAGGCAGGUUGCUACUGAUAAAUGCAUUAUGGCAUUGUUGUUUCUUAUUGUCAUUGGAGUUAUAGCCAUCAUAAUCGUGAAGAUUGUGAAUCCAAACAACAAGGACAUCCGUGAUAUCCCGGGAUUAGCACCACCUGCAAUGAACCGACGGCUACUUUGGACUCCGAAUUGAAGAGUUAGAAUGGACCACCUGAUGACAUGUCAGGACUAUUUGUAAUGUAGAAUCAUUGCUACCUAUACUCUCCGGGAGAAGGGUAUGGUUGUGCUGUUUUGAUUUUUGUUUAUAAUAGUUCUGGUGUAUCCACUAAGAGUUUGGCUGAACUUCCCAUGCGCUAACCUCGCAGUAGUCAUUGUUAUAUUAUAUCAUUGAAUAGCAUUAGCAUGAUGAGAUCUGUACGACACCGUUUUUUUCUUACUCUAAUACAUUGU